UUCCGCUCAGCUUCACCAAUUUUUCCCGCUUUCUUUCUUAUCACACCUAGAAGUUGCGUGAAACGUUCGAUAUGACAGAUACGUGUUCGGAUCCACCUGACGUAAAGACAAACCUUCCUAAAGUUAAACAUUGAAUAUCAUUCGGAAAUUUACGUAAAUGUGUUUUUCUUUGUUUGUUUUUUGUCUAGUAGAAUAACUUAUAUCACUAAAAAAUUCUUACAGAUUGUGAUAGCGCAGGAUUUUUAACGAUGCCUUCUUAGUGGAAUUACUUUGUGUUAAAGAGAAGAGUUUAUCUACGUUUAUGUGUUGUUGCUCCAAUAUAUUGAAAAUUAACUAAAAAUACAAUAUAUAUAGACCCAUGACUUUAAAAAAUUAAUCCUGUAUAAGACGCUUCCAAUUAAUAAUUUGUACUUGAAAGAUUCUCGAUAUCUGAGAACUGUCUACAGACUUAGGAAGAAGACCGUCUACAAGACAUAAGAAUUGUAACAUUUGAGGCUAUAGGUAGGAUAACAGAAUCUCAUUUUGUCCAAGCUAAAGAAUAACUUAAACCAUAGCUUUGAAUAGCUGCCGAAUUGGUAUCAGAAGUACCUCUGGGAACACACCCAUACUAGAAGAGUUGUAACUUCAGUUGAAGAAGUGGCUGCUAGUUGUUGUUUUUCUCUGGUUGAGAUAUUUCUUGGUUCUGCUCAUCUGUAGGGAGAAAAAAAUCAGUAUUACAGCCUAUUCGUUUAACCUGAAUUUCUGGCUAACAUGUCCAACUUGUGGUUUUUCGGCCGACGUCACAAGCAGCCUGCCCAAAACCGACCAAUGACACGUCCAGACGCUGUUGCCGAAGUGGAGAGAUCUUAUGUUCGCUCACAUCAAGGAAAUAGAGCGACAUCUAGCGGCCACUGCGAUUAUGUACCACCUCUUUCUCCCAGACGAAGCCUGGAGUCGAGAUUUGGACACCUAUCUCAAGCUGAUAGCUUGGACAAUGUCGCUCUUCAUAUUCCAAGGGUCCGAGUAGAGUUCUAUGUGAAUGAAAACACUCUGAAAGAACAACUUCAAUUAUUUUUCAUAAAAAAUCAGCGUUCAAGUUUGAGGAUACGGAUCUUCAAUUUAGUAAUCAAAAUAGUGCUCUGUGUUCUCUACAUUAUCCGUGUUGCACUGGACAGCGGGCCUUUAAAAGCCACGUGCUACGGCUGUCCUGUUUCUAACAUCACCAGUGGAGGAGAAGGAUCCCAUGACUUCAAUACUAGACCAAAUGGGCAUAUCAACUGGGUGGCCAUAUUAUGGGUAGACCGUCCGCUGACAUUGUGGGGCAUUCAGGUCGCCCUGUCCGUGAUAUGCCUAUCUGAGGCCUUACUCCUUGCUUAUUUAGGGUAUAAGGGAAACAUCUGGCAGCAGCUCAUGUCUUUUACUCUUAUUUUGGAACUGGUAAAUAACGUACCAUUCAUAAUUACGAUUUUUUGGCCUCCCCUCCGUAACCUCUUCAUUCCAGUUUUCCUCAAUUGCUGGCUAGCUAAAUACGCUCUGGAGAACAUCGUCUGUGGUUACCAGCACUUCCAAAGAGCGGGAAGUCUUCACGUUAACCUGUUUGAAAGUCUGUAUUUUGUUGUGGUGACUUUCUCUACGGUAGGGUAUGGAGAUUAUCGACCUGACUGCUUUCCUUCUCAGCUCUUCAUGGUGAUUAUGAUCUGUGUUGCAUUAAUUGUCCUACCAACACAGUUUCAGGAUUACUUUGUAGUACUUCUCUCACCUUGUGAGCCAGAUACUACCACGAAGAUGAUCUUACAAGUCCCUAUGUGGGCUCAAAGAGUCAUCUUUAUUCAGGGCUCGGCACUAAAAGAUGCGGACCUCACUCGAGCUAGGAUGAAUGCAGCAGAAGCUUGUUUCAUCCUCACUGGAAGGAACUACGCUGACCGGAGUGCAGCCGACCAGCACACCAUCCUUAGGUCUUGGGCUGUGAGGGACUUUGCUCCAAACGUGCCACAGUAUGUUCAAAUCUUCCGUCCAGAAAAUAAAGUACAUGUAGCAUUUGCAGAGCACGUGGUAUGUGAGGAUGAGUUUAAGUAUGCCCUAUUGGCUAAUAACUGUUUGUGUCCGGGGACUUCUACGUUCGUAACCCUACUCCUCCACACGUCCCGUGGUCAAGAAGGACAGACUUCGGCGGAAGAAUGGCAUCGGCUCUAUGGAAAGUGUUCUGGGAACGAGAUUUACCACAUUCAACUCGGUGAUAGUCGAUUCUUCGGAGAGUAUGAGGGGAAAAGCUUCAGUUACGCAUCUUUUCAUGCACACAGAAAGUACGGAGUGGCUUUGGUUGGAAUACAGACGGACCUAUCCGGGACUUGGCCAAUCAUGUUGAACCCUGGUCCAUCGUAUGUUUUAAAAAUGUCUGACAUCUGUUUCUAUAUGAGUAUAACUAAAGAAGAGAAUAGUGCCUUUUUACCAAGUUCAUCUGGAGAUGAAACCAAAGCUCCAUCUUCAAUAAAUGAAGAUACUUCAAAAGGCCUUGAAUAUGAGGGUCGGAUGAAAGAACGGAGAAAAUCUGAGAAUCGCUAUUUUGAACUUUCACCACUCAAAUCAAAAAUCACGCUUGGUUUGGGUAAAAAGCGACAUCUGGAGGUUCCCAAGACGGAUGGUUUGUUAGGAACAGACGGCUACUAUCCUGUACGAGGAAGGCGUCCAAGCAUAGCUCCUGUUCCCGCCAUGUUUGGAAAUGAUGAUGACUCCUCACCUAAUGAUGAUGACCAUGAUGAUAAAACAAACGAGGAAGAAGAAAAAUAUCUGGGCAUUCCAUUGACCACUCCUGUUGAAACUUGUGGAAUUGUCAAGGGAUUUCCCCCUAUCUCCCCUUAUAUUGGAGUAAGUCCAACUUUGUGUUACCUACUGAAAGAGAAAAAACCAACGUGCUGUCUCCAGCUAGCCCAGACUUGUGACCACUGCUCUUUUCGAAACGCCAAGGACUACAACUGGCUUAACCGUUGCAUCAUCCUAGCAGCUGAUUACGCUAGCAAUGGAAUUUAUAACUUUAUUGUACCCUUGCGAGCACAUUUCCACAGUCCUCAAACUUUGCGACCAAUCAUAUUGUUGUUGGAGAGAAGACCACAUCCUGCAUUUCUUGAUGCUAUUUCACAUUUCCCUUUGGUCUACUGGAUGCAAGGUUCCAUAGAUUACUUGGACGACUUACUGAGAGCAGGAAUAAACUUGGCUGAUAGUGUCGUGGUGGUCAACAAGGAAAGCAGCAACUCAGCAGAAGAGGAUCACUUAGCAGAUUGUAAUACGAUAGUCGCAGUUCAGACUAUGUUCAAACUUUUUCCUAGCGUACGAAUAAUUACAGAACUCAGUCAAUCCAGCAACAUGAGAUUCAUGCAGUUUCGGGCUCAUGAUACAUAUGCUCUACAUCUAUCAAAAAUGGAAAAGCGUGAGAAGGAACGAGGAACCCACAUCUCUUACAUGUUCCGACUUCCGUUCGCUUCAGGAACGGUGUUUAGUGCUAGUAUGUUGGAUACACUACUUUAUCAGGCUUUCGUGAAGGAUUACAUGAUUACCUUUAUUAGGUUGCUUCUUGGAAUUGACCAAGCUCCAGGUUCAGGUUUCCUUUCUUCGAUGAGAAUAUCAGAAGAAGAUCUGUGGAUCAGAACAUACGGACGUCUCUAUCAGAAGUUGUGUUCUACAACAUGCGAAGUACCCAUAGGAAUUUGUCGAACCCAGAGUUCCUUGUCUGAUGCCUCCUCUUUAUCCCUGGAGCUUCUCGAUAGUGAUAGGGCUGCUCUGGCUGCUGAUGUAGAAAGACAAGAGAUCUGUAACAUGGUGCGGACAAGAAUGCACAACUUGGGUCUACCAGUGGAAGAUUACGACAACGUCUCAGAGAAGAGAGACAGCCUUUCCUAUGUUAUGAUAAAUCCAAGCUGUGAUCUAAAGCUCCAAGAAGGCGAUAUAGUGUAUUUAAUAAGACCCAGUCCAAUUUCCACAAAGAAGAUUUUUCUUACUCGUAGCUCGAUCAGAAUACAGAAACCAAAACCAAAUGAUGCACGUCUCCAAUCAAAUUCAGAAGAACAUGUACGGGACGCGGUCUCUACUGAAGCUCACAAUCAUGAAAAUGAUCUUGGAGAACAAACGGAUGGUGGCAAUAUUAGAAUCCCCUUACUUGGGGCUAUUGGUGUUGAAAUUACCCCACCUCCAGUUGAGACCGCUAAUGGAACUGUGGUUUAGAAUGAUGUCCGAAAAACUGUUACAAAAUUAAGUGAAUAAUGCCUUUGUUGACAAAUGUUAAGAUUAAAAAAUGCCCACGUUUUACUCUCCGAUCUUGAGGCAAGUUUAUAUUUCCUUAUCCGUGUAAGCGGUCUCUCUAAACUUACGAGUUAAAGUAUAAAAACAAAUAGUUAGGAUAAGUUGAUAUUUUUAAUGAUAACCUACAGCUAUUAGAACGAACAAAUGUUGCGCACCCUUUCGAAUGUGAUAUCAGAUAGGAGAAACGUGGGAAAAUAGACCUAUAUUGUUGCUAACUUCUAUCUUAAACCUCAUGCUACGUCCACAUAUCUUAAAAUAUUCAGAGGAAGAUGUAGAAAAAUGAUAUUUUUAGCUUACUCAAGUUCACUGUAUUUUGGAGAACCUUCAGUCACUGGCUUAUUACACAAUUCCGUUUCAGUAUAAGCACGGCUUUCUAUUCCUAUUUCUACUGCUGGCUAUAGAAAAAAAUAGUCUUAGAAGUGUGUUAAUGUUUAUUGGAAAGGGAAAUAUGUUAAUUUUCUGUAUAUACAUAUAAAGGUAAUGUUUCUCAAAGACUGGAAUUAUAACAGAAUAAUUAUUAUUCUUGAAUAAUUGGUCAAAUAAA